AUGCCGGAUGACCUCGACGAAACAAGACGGGACGGGGUCCUCUCACCAGGCCUCGACCCACGAAGGGUUGAAAUUGUAGUGGUCGUGGGCCCACUCGAUGAGCACCUUCGCCAAGACCUGCUCGAGAGCGGCAUCCAAGUCAUCAAGAGCCAGAAUGGCAGCGAGUACGUCCGAGAUGAUGUCACGUUUAUCAUCAGCGAUUUUACUUCCCAAGCCUUCAACAACCUGGUCAGCUGUUCGAAAGACAAACGUGACGACAACGAGUCGCCUCGAAUCAUGGCUCCUGUCUACGCGAUGUGGCAUAUCGAAAGAGGCCUUGCCAUACCACUUCCACAGCGUCACCGCCCUCGCUAUUGCUGCUCGAUGAAAAACCUGAAUAUUACAAUGGAGAUUACGGAUGAGAGCAAGAAGAAGGAGCUCAUAAAUAAGAUCCAUUGGAUGUCUGGUUCUGUCAGGAAGGAGCUGCGGCAGCAGACCACUCAUUUCGUCACGGAUUCGAUGUUCGGGGAAAACUAUAGGAACGCUGUUGCCCUUGGCUAUCCAAUCCUGCGCUAUACCUGGGUUCUCGAGGCCUGGACGCACUGUGAGGAUCUGGACUACGACGCCAAUACGCCAAAAGCUAUGGAGCCCCAUGUUUUGCGUAUUUUCGAGGGCCUGAGGUUCUAUUUCUGCCGUUUCGAUCAAGAAAAUAUCUCGGAAAUGCGUCAAGUCUCUACCGACAAUGGCGCUCUGAUGGUUGAAGACCCAUCACUGGCCACACAUAUUGUCUAUGGUGCGAAGACUGAUAACCUAGAACAGAAUCGGAAGGCAUGGCAUGUAUCUGCUACGUGGUUCUGGGAGUCCAUCAGCCUUGGCAGAGCACGGCUCGAAAUGGAAUACACAUUAGCGCCCCGUGCCAUGUCGAAGAAACAGGAUAAUCCUCUCCAUACCAGCAAGGCCUCGAUUCUCGACAACUCUAAUAAUUCUAUCUUAUCGAACGAUGAUAAAAGUGUGGGAUCGCCGUGCAAAGUGGACAAAAAACAACAGAUUGUUUCUGAAAUGUUGGAUACGGAGCGGAAUUACAUCACGAUGCUGGAGCUUCUCCUUGAGAUGCGCAAUCGGCUGGUGGGCUCGAAAGAUGGUGGAAAUGAUUCUUGGAUGGCGACGAAUCCCGGAGCUUUAUCCCAUGCUGACGCUAAUUUAAUUUUUGGAAAGAUCCCUCCUAUUUUAAAUGUACAUAAAGCGAUCCACGGCGACAUUGCUAAACUCAUAGCCAACUGGUCGACGAAGGCAUCUGUCGCGGAUAUCUGGUAUCGUCGCCGUCAAGAUCUGCGCAAAGUUUAUCCACCAUUCAUCAACACUUUUGACAAGGCCAAGGACCGCUUCAGAGAAGUAGACCGGGACGACAGAUUUCAUGCCUUCGUUCGGAUGUGUGAAAGCGGCGAGAACUGGAGGAAGCAACGCGUCGAGGACUUGCUAGUGCGUCCGAUCCAACGUCUUCCCUCGAUAUUGCUUCUGCUUCAACAAUGUGCGAAGCACUGCAAGAAGAACUCGACAGACGCCGAGAAUAUUCCAAAAACUAUUCGUGAAAUGCAAUCUAUUUUGGAGAAUGCCAAUGCGUCUCGUCAAGCGACCGAAAAUUUUGAGAAGAUUUACAAGGUGUUUGAUGAGAUCGAGUCGAUGCCUGCGGAACUGCGAUCCAGUCAUCGUACAACCACCGCGGAAUGCGUGGUUGCAUGUGCUGGUGGUACCGGGCAAUGGGAUGGCAUGAAAAAUAAGCCUCUUCGGUUACUGAUUUUCAACGAUCUUCUCAUGCUGGCCGUUGGCGUUGACGCUUCCCUCGGGUAUAAUGAGGAGACUGUCCUUGAUUGUAUGCAACGUAUCGAAAGAGGCGUAUUCAUAGAAUCCGGACGUGAAGAUACCUUUGUCCAACAUGUCCCGCCGAAUCAAUCCGAAAAGUACGGUAGCCUGACCAAGAGCUGCGGAAAGCGCGUUCUUCCCGAAUAUUGUGGCUCGCCACAGCAAGAGAACCUAAAUGCAUCGACGAUGAGCUGUAUGGGCAUGCGAAGGCCACCAUCGCAACUUCGUAAAGCUAUUUCGAACACCUCGAUGUUCCGAUGGGGGCAGCCGCUUCGUGAACAGCAAUUACUUGUUGAAGAGUCUCCCUCCUCCAACUCGGUGGUCUCCUCCCCGUCGGCCCUUUCCCAUACGAAAAAAGCUGGCAUCUCAAAGGCAAUUUUGGUCCUC